AUGGCUGCGUGGCAGCAGGCUGCAGCAGCAAAGCAAGGCGCACUCGUUGGUCGUCCCGACGACCAAAAUCGAAUGUGGACUCGAAGAAGAGAAAGAGAUGGCCGCCAUGGUGGGAGUAAAUCGUUGGGCGCUGCAGUCGGAGGUCAUAGUGGUCAUACUGGUGCUGCAAUAGAAGGUCACAAAGGUCCUACUGUUAAGGGUAGGUUAAAGGUGCUUUUCUUACCGCUUUUUAUGCCUCUCCUAAGGGAGAAAGGCAUAAAAAGCGGGGUAAGCAAGCACCAAAAACCUACCUCUAAUACUGGUCACAAGGGUGGCGCCUUCGUAUUUCCUGGUCCUCCGUAUCAGGCCGGUCCAAUAGGAGCAGGUCCUCCGCGUGCAGCCAGCGCUUCUGCAGCAGACAACAAUGACAUUUUUGCUAGAGCCUCCG